AUGUUAAACUUACCACAACUUAAUGAUACAGCAGUUUCACAAGCAAGAGCACUUUCAGCUGCCAAAGCAGAACAGUUGUCAUCAAGUCGAGUCUCUGAACUGAAAGAUAUGUUGCAAAACAUGAAACUUGCUAAGAUGGUCCAGUGGGAAACCAUAGUGUUCAACAAUUUCAGAGCAACAAGAAAAGAAGAACUUCGAUAUGUAAAAGAAUCUUACAUUUGGAAUACUAUUGGAAUAUCUCUUGUUCAUACCAUUCCAAUCAUGUCUGCAUCAACAUUGCUGCUGUUCAGAAGCUUGUUUAAUGUUCCUUCAUACAUGGUCUUGGGAGCAUUGUUUCUGGCAUUUAUUCCCUUGAAGACAUCCCUUCAUCAUUUCUGGACAGGGAUAUCAUACAUAAAGAGUGCUGAAAUAUCACUUUCAAGACUGAAGGAAACUCAACUAUUGCCAACAAUAAUACAAAAUGUUAACAGAGGCAUAGAUCAGCAGGUUGCUGUUUCUGUUAAUAAAAUAUCCUGUGAAUGGCUGCCAGUGUCUGAUACUUCUCACCAGAAGAAUGAAAAUGGAAACAUUACUGCAAAUUGGUGUUGUGGAGUACUUCGUAGUAGACAUGAAGAUUUAAAUAUGACAAGAGCAAAUUCAUUAAUUUUGGAAAACAUCAGUCUUAUUGCUGAAAAGGGAACCAUUAUAGGAUUAUGUGGUGAACCAGGGUCUGGUAAAACAGCGCUUCUUAUGGCUAUACUAGGACAGCUAAAGAUAGCAAGUGGAUCUGGACAUAUUACAAGAAAUGGUUUUUGUGCAUAUGUGAAGCAAAACCCUUGGAUGUGGGAUGCAACUUUACGUGAUAAUAUAGUAUUCAUGGAAGAAUUUAAACGUGAUAGGUACUACAAUGCAGUUUACAGCUGCCUUCUGAGUAGUGUAUUACAAAACCUAGCUGCAGAAGAUGAAACAGCAAUUGCAAAUGAAACUCUGUCUAUGGGUGUUCAACAGAGAAUAGAACUAGCUCGUGCCGUUUAUUCCAACAGGGACAUAUACCUCAUAGAUGAACCUCUAACAAUGGUGGAUCCAAAUACACGAAGAACCGUGUUUGAGAAAGCAAUUUUGACAGCCCUUAAUGGAAAAACUGUCUUUAUAGCCACAAAACUUACAACGUUUCUUACCCGGUGUGACAUCAUAUAUGUCUUGAAAAAUGGAAAGAUAAUUGCGAGCGGACAACAUGAACAACUAAUAAAUUCUUGUAAUUAUUAUGCAGAUUUGCUGACACUUUAUAUGGACAGCACACAAAAUAUUCAGGGGCUCCAGAGCUAUGACAGUGUUUCAACAUUGUCAUCUGAUGUAUUCAAGACAUCAAGCAACCUGAACAGCAGUUUGAGCAGUGUCACAACAGCAUGUGAUGAUGAAGUUGCAGCACUCACUGGUGAAGGUCCUGAAUCUGAAGAAAUUGUUUUCAAGGACAACUUAUCAACUUACCUCCUUUCUGGAAAACAACGUAGCUGUCAUGCCUUUUUGGCAUGUGGAUUAGUAAUUCAAUUAGUCUGUUUUCUAUCCAUAAUCACAGCACUUCUCCUCUUCAUUCUUAAAUUUGAAGCAAACUUUUUCAGUACUCUAAAUCCAGAUGUAUUCUAUGGUAUUAUUGCUUCCAUCACCAUCCUUAUAACUGCAGCCUUCCUGGGAGCAGCUUUUUCAUUUCUUAAGGUGACGGGAGCUGUAUCAACUGAAACAAGUCUUUCCUGGAUGAAAAAGAUCUGUGACACAUACAUAACAUGUAUACAAAAGGAAACUACAACAUCCAUUCUGAACUGGUUUUCAUUGCACUUGCACAACAUUGACACGUGGGUGCCAGAGUCUCUCAUCAGUAUUACUGGAAACAUUGUGUUGCUUCUGGGUAUUCUUACAUUAUUGGCAUAUGUAUUUACAUGGAUUCUGCUACCCUUUUUUGUAGCUUGUGUCUUUGGAUUUUUUGGUUAUAGGAUCUAUCUGAUGGCCCUUCCAAAUUUCCACAAACUGGAAACAGAAUCUUCAUCAAAUUUAAAUGCAUUUAUGACUUCCACAAUUGAAGGAAGAACAUCAGUUCAGUCAUAUUCAAAAGAAAAUGACUUUAUCUACAGUUUUGUGAAACAAAAUGACCAGAAGGCUGCAAGUGUAUACCUAAUAAAAGCUACCUCUGGAUGCAUUUCAUUCUGGAUAAGUAUGCUGAAAGUGCUGCUCAUCACGUUGGUGAUGUUAAUGAUUGCUCUGAUGAGAAAUCAUGAAGUGCUCAUAAUUAGUGCCCACAAACUCACAGCAACUACCGUGGGUUUCAUUUUUAUAUGUAUUAAUCUGCUCAGCACUGUCAUACAGAAUUUAACACAGGACAUAGCAGAAUAUCUCCAGUAUUUCAAAUAUUUUGAAGCUAAUUCUAAACUUCAGAAUAUUGAUGUGGUACCAACUAACAACAAAUCAGCAUAUACAUUGGCAGAAGAAGGAAGUAUAUUCUUCCACAAUGUGAAAUUAAAAUUCUGGCCUCCAGGGCAUAAAGCACUAACUUUCAAAAUAAAGAGCAAUCAGAAGAUUGGCAUUUUUGGCUACCCUGAUGCUGGAAGAAAGUCCAUAGGAGCAGCUCUGUAUCGUCUGGUAGAAUUAUCUGAAGGACGCAUCUUCAUUGGAGGAGUGAACAUUGAAAAAAUUCCUCUGAGUGUUCUCAGAUCCAAAAUCGCAGUUGUACCACACAACCCUAUUCUGUUCAGGGGAACUAUAAGAUCAAAUCUCAUUGACAACAAUGACAGCAGUAUUUGUAAUGUAUAUGAAGCACUGGAAGCAGUUGGGAUGAGAGAAAAAGUAGAGGAGUUGCCUGAGCAGGCUGAAACAGCAGUGCAAACGGGCACCAACUUAUUCACCACAGGGGAAUGUCAGUUACUAUAUUUGGCAAGAGCAAUUCUCAGUAACCCCAAGAUCUUAAUAGUAGAAGAACCUUUGGUUCCCAUAAACAAAAACAUUCAUCGCAAGCUUCAAGAGGUCAUAGAAACUGCAUUUCAAAAAACGACGGUGAUAACAAUAGCACAGCACUUUAAAUUUGUUGAGUACUGUGACAAAUUGUUGCUCAUUAGAGAUGGACAGGUUGUUGAAUAUGAUACUCCUGCUCGACUACUUAGAAAUCCCAGAUCAGCUCUCUCUGCCAUGAUAACAGAAACUGAACUUUAAUCAAAAACAGAAAAUUCUAAAUACAUAUCAAAGAACUAACAUAAUUAAUGUAUAGUGUAACAUGUUUUCUAAAACUAUGUGAGCAGUAAAACAUUCCUCAAAAACUAGUGCAACAGUCUUCAUGACAAAUGUGUAGAUUAAUAUAUGUAGAUUCCAGACAUACUACAUUACAAAUA